CGCACUGAACACACAGGCAUCAUGUCUUCUGGUGGAGAAAAGUCCAAGUCUGCCUCCCAAACCGAUGGCAAGGCUGCCCAGACCAAGAAGUCAGAGAUGGGCAUGAUGUCCUAUAGGAUGUACGUGUUUGACCAGGAAAACUUCCAGGGCCGCAUGAUCGAGAUCAACGCUGAGUGUAUGAACGUGUGUGACAUGGGCAUGGACAGAGUUCGCUCACUACGCGUUGAAUGCGGCCCUUUUGUGGGUUUUGAGCAGAUGAACUUCUGUGGAGAGAUGUACAUCCUGGAGAAGGGCGAGUAUCCUCGCUGGGACUCCUGGAGCAACUGCCAGAAGAAUGACUACCUGCUGUCCUUCAGACCCGUCAGAAUGGAUCCUGAAAAACAUAAGAUCUGUCUGUAUGAGGUUGGUGAAUUCAAGGGACGUAAGAUGGAGAUUAUGGAUGACGAUGUUCCCAGUCUCUUCGCUUAUGGUUUCACCGACAGAGUUGGUAGCGUCGUUGUCAGCUGUGGAACUUGGGUGGGUUACCAGUACCCUGGUUACCGUGGCAGCCAGUACCUGCUGGAGAAGGGCGAGUACAGACACUUUAACGAGUACGGAGCACGUUAUCCUCAGUUCCAGUCCGUGCGACGUAUCCGUGACAUGCAGUGGCAUCCCCACGGCUGCUACACCAUGGCCAGCAAGUGA